CCCAUUUCUAAGCAAUUCUUCCAUCCUCUCUAUCUCUCUCUCUACUUAAACAACCACCAAACCUUUUGGCCAUCAUUAUUCUUCAGAGAAAUUAAGAAGUCGUUCCUCUCCCUCUCUCAAAGUUCGCCCAUCUUAGUACUGCUUUCUCGUCCAGACACGUUUAACUUUAUUCGAGCCGUGCACGAUGGGAAACAGCCUAGGAUCCAAGCACAGGAGAGCCAAGGUGAUGAAGCUCGACGGCGAGACCUUCAAGCUCAAGACCCCGGUUCGAGCCGGGGACGUCCUGAAGGACCACCCGCCGGGCCACUGCCUCCUCGAGUCCGAGUCGGUCAAGCACUUCGGCUCCCGGGCCAAACCGCUCGAACCAGACCAGAACCUGCUCCCCAAGCGGCUCUACUUCCUCGUGGAGCUCCCCAAAACUGGGCCCGCCGCGUCCGUGGGCCGGGCCGCGAACCCGAGGAGGGUUUGGUCGGGCCCAAUGAACCUCACCGCCAGGGACAGGCUGGAGAACCUGAAGCUGGCCAGGAGGUCGGCCUCCGACCUCUCGGCGCUGAUGACGCCCGCGGCGGUGGCCGGCAGCGUCACCGUGGCGGACGGCGGCGCCGGGGAGGAAGCCGGGACGGUGAGGGUGAAGGUGCGGCUGCCGAGGGCGGAGGUGGAGAGGCUGAUGAGGGAGAGUAAGGACGAGGGUGAAGCCGCGGCGAGGAUUAUGGAUCUUUGCGCUGGUGGUGGACGGAGUGGUGAAGUUGGCGGCGGUGGAGGAGAAGGGAGCGGCAGCGCCGUCGGCGCCGGCGGCGGGGGGAGCAGUGCUCGACGACGUGACGGCGUGAUGAAGAAACGUGUGAGUUUCUUGCCGAUCAAUGAAGCAGAGAUGCAGAUAGCCGUGGCCUCCUACUAGCUAGCGAGCUAGUUACAUUAAUAAUGGAUGAUUAAGUAAGAUGCAUUUGUUUGUAAUAAUUAAGCAAAGAAAAUGAGGCCACUAAUUAAUUUACAGUAAGCAAUUAAGUAGUCUCUCAACUUUUUCCAGCCUUCGAACUCUCAUGGGAACCAAAGCAUGCUUGUAAUGUAAGUUCCCUUUUGCUUGUCUCAGUGGUUUAGGUUUUUGUGUAUAUAGGCCAGAUUGUAUAGAGAUACAGCAAAGCGGUCCCGUUUUGGGGUCUCUUGAGAGUUAUGAAAGAGCUUCUUUUUUGUGAGAGAUAUGUAUGCAUUUCAUUGUAGCCCUACUUCUACAUGUCUUGUAAUUUGGGAUUUACAUACAUACAU